AUGGCGAAGAAUUUAGAUAUUGAUUGGGAGGAUAUAGAAGUGAUGCUGUCGGAGCUGACAGAUACAGAAAGGGAGCUUGUGUUGGAAACAGGGAGACAACAUGCUCAAGUGUUACCGGGGAGAAUAGAAGAUAAUUUUCCCAGCAGUAAACCAGAAUGGGACCCAGUAUGGGCUACGGAUAUACCUGGAAAAUCAAAACGAGCGACACCGAUUGUUGUCGAACUUAAGGUCGGGGCAAGACCAGUGGUAAGGAAACAAUACCCUCUGAGGAUAGAAGACAGAAAGGGAAUUGAGCCCAUAAUCAAAAGGUUUUUAGAACUGGGGUUAUUGGUAGAAUGUGAAUCGGAUUUUAAUACACCGAUCUUGCCAGUAAAGAAACCUAAUGGAACGUAUAGGCUCGUUCAGGAUCUGAGGGCAGUAAACGAAAUAACCAAGACAUUACACCCGGUGGUUGCUAAUCCAUAUACGCUUUUAACUAGGCUAAAGGAUAGCCUGGCCUGGUUCACCGUAUUAGAUUUGAAAGACGCAUUCUUCUGCCUUCCCUUAGCCCCCGAGAGUCAAAGGAUUUUUGCCUUUGAGUGGGAAUCAGUAGAUAGGGGGAGAAAGACCCAACUUACCUGGACACGGUUGCCCCAAGGCUGGUCUAACUCGCCCACGAUCUUUGGGAAUCAGUUAGCCAAAGAAUUAGAACAAUGGGAAGGGCCGCCGGGAGAUGGCGCCCUCCUGCAGUACGUAGACGACCUCCUAAUAGCGACAGUGACGGAGGAAGAAUGCAUUGAAUGGACUAUUUCCUUGUUGAAUUUCCUGGGUUUAAGUGGAUAUCGAGUCUCUCAACAGAAAGCACAACUGGUGCAAAAGGAAGUGGUGUACCUGGGAUACGAAAUCUCCAGAGGACAGCGAUCCCUGGGAGCAGCCAGGAAAGAGGCCAUCUGCCAGAUGCCCAAACCAGAGACGGUGAGAGACCUGCGCGCCUUUCUGGGGAUGACAGGUUGGUGUCGGCUAUGGAUCUACCAGUAUGGGAUACUCGCUAAACCAUUGUAUGAUUUGCUAAAGGAAACCAAGAAUGUCCUAGUUUGGACUCCCAAGGCGGAAGGGGCCUUUAAGAGGCUGAAGCGGGAGCUGAUGAGAGCACCAGCCUUAGGUCUCCCAGAUGUGUCAAAACCAUUCUGGCUAUUUUCCCAUGAGCGGCAAGGGAUGGCCCUAGGAGUACUAGCACAGCAGUUGGGACCACACAAGAGAGCUGUGGCCUAGUUCUCCAAGCGAUUGGAUGAAGUAAGUAGAGGAUGGCCAGGCUGUCUGAGGGCAGUGGCCGCAGUGAUAAUUAACAUAGAGGAGGCCACGAAGCUCACGCUGGGCCGAAAGGUGACUGUGUUAGUAUCCCACACUGUGUCAGCUGUGCUGGAACAGAAAGGCAACCAUUGGUUGUCGCCUUCCAGAUUCUUAAAGUACCAGGCCAUCCUGGCUGAAUCAGAUGAUGUAACCAUUCAGGUAACUAAUAUUGUGAACCCAGCUUCAUUCUUAGAAGGAAGAGCCCCAGCAGAACCCAUCGAACAUGACUGCCUGGAAACAAUUGAAGCCGUCUACUCCAGUCGCCCAGAUCUCAAAGAAGAACCGUUCGAAGACGCGGACAACUGGUUUUCGGAUGGCAGCAGCUUCGUGAAGCAAGGAGUAAGAAUGGCUGGCUAUGCAGUCACCACUACAGAAAGGGUAAUUGAGUCAAACCCCCUGCCUCCAGGGACUUCAGCUCAAAAGGCAGAGCUGAUAGCUCUGACCCGAGCCCUGGAAUUAGCAGAGAACAUGCAAAUUAAUAUAUGGACAGACUCUAAAUAUGCCUUUUCUGUCGUACAUGCUCAUGGAGCCAUCUGGAAAGAAAGAGGACUGUUGACUACACAAGGAAAAACAGUCAAACAUGCAGAAGAGGUUCUGCGACUGCUGGAGGCGGUCCAACUCCCAACACAGGUGGCCAUAAUGCAUUGCAAGGGGCAUUUGAAAGGCAAUACUAUUCCAGAAAUAGGGAACAGGAAGGCAGAUACAGAAGCUAAAUUGGCGGCCACAAGAAAUAGGGAAGCGGAAAUAGCGGCCCUAAUACCAGGGGAGCUGGAUAUCAAUAUCCAGCCAGAUUACCAAGAAUCAGAUCAUAGGUGGAUUCAAAGGAAUAAGGGCAAAAUACUAGAAAAUGGUUGGGGUCGAUUAGAAACAGGACAGUUAGUGAUACCAGGAAACGUGAUGUGGCAGUUUGUGAAGGCAGAACAUGAGAAGGCCCAUUGGGGCCUAGAUUCGCUUUACCAAUAUUUGCAGACCAGAAUAGCAGGACCAAAAUUAUUUACUACUAUAAAACACGUUACGUCCCAGUGUGAACGGUGUCUGAAGAACAACCCGAAUACAGGAACCAAAGUACACCAAGGAGCCAUAAACCGAGGUAAAUUCCCAGGUGAGCUGACUCCAAAUCACAAGAAAUGUGCCAACUCUGCCAAAGAGAUGCAGACAUGCCCCGGCUCUGCCGUGCUCGUCCCCGCCAAGUCUGGCCCGGGCUGGGGCCACGCUGCCGCUGCCCGCCGGGCUCAGCGUCAGCACCUUCCCUGCCAAGCCGAGCACCUGGUGAACAGCCCCCGUGUCCGCUCCGUGCGCUGGGACAGCCGGGCCCAGGGGCUGCUCAUUGACCUCUCCCUCUUCCAGUGGGCGCUGCUCAGCCUGUGUGAUGCUCUGUACUCCUUCCAAGCCACACAGUUCUGCAGCUUCGUGCUCCAGCUCCACUGCUUCAGCUUCCACAGGGUGCCGGGCUGGCCACCCCAGAAACUUCACCCCCAGCACUCCAGCUGCCAGUGUAGGUUCUGCAGCAUGGACAGCCACAGCUGGCUGUGGAAUAUUCCUGGGGAAGAGGAAUUGCCACCACCAGAUCUGGACAUGGUGCUUGAGACACCGGAGGAGAUAUUUUCUCCCUCUGCUCAGGGCAAUAUUAUUGUUGCCCCUGAGUCUUCAGGAGGGGAGCCUGUGGGCAGAGCGGCAGCAGGGGGAGCUUUGCCUGGCACCGAGAGCUGCAGGAACAAUUCCCAGGAGCCCGAGGAGCUUGAUUUCCACCUGAUCUGCCUUGCCAGGAGGGCUGUCCUGCGUGGGAAGAAGGAUCAGAGGGAGAGCCUGUGA